UCGAAACAACAAGCACUCUGCGAGCGCGUUGUACGGUUCAUCGAAAUGCGUGAAAGUAAAGGAAAAAAGUUUUCGGUAGACCACUUUCGGGACGAGAAUGUGCCGGUGAGCACUGUUUACCGGAUCUUGGCAUCCCGGAACGUCGAGCGGAAGACCGGUAGAGGCUGUCCGGCGAAGAUCAUGACGAAAAAGAAGAAGGAAUCCUUGAAAAAACUAACCCUCAAGCAGGAGCGCAUCGUCUGUUGGAAGAAUGGGCCCCCAGAGUACACGGACGAGCUGAUAGCUACUGAAAUCUCAGUGCCGGUGGAUGACGAAAAAUUAUCGCGGGACGUCGUUCGUGCUGGACGUCGAGAGUUUUUUUCCGCUGUCAAAGUCCCAUAUUCUCGGCAAUGACCGGUACUACACCAGCGAGAAGGUGCCCACACCCCCGGGGUGACGUGCAAACACAAGCAUAAGUGUGAGAAGAAUGUUAUGCUGUAUAUUGCAAUCUCCGACAAAUGGAUUUCAAAGCCCUGGUCUAACAAGCCGAGCGGACUUGCCAUCAACGAGAAGGUGUAUCAGGAGGAGUGCCUAGAGAAGUUUCUGGUUCCGUUCAUAGAGGAGCAUUAUUUUGAUGGGAAGUCUGUCUUCUGGUCGGACAGGGUGUCUUUCCAUUACGCAAAGAAGACGGUUUUUUUUAUCCAAAAUAUAUAUUUUAUUAAGGCUCAUAUGGCGUUAGCCUAACGGGGCCGGGACGUUGGCGCAAAAAAGAUACCAUACAUACCCAAGGAACGGAACCCGACCAACUUGCCCCAGUGCCGUCCGAUCGAGGAUUUUUUCAGCUUCCUCAGAGCCCUUGUGUACAAAAUAAUUGGCGGGUCACGGACAUCAAGCAGCUGUCCACGAGGAUCCACGAAGGAUCCAGAAGAUGAAUAUCAGUG